UGUGGCCUUGUUCGGGUAAGUGCCGAAUUCAGAUACUCUCGUUGAAUAUCUAUAUCGGUUUCCUUUGCUAUUCCUAAUUAUUCGAAAUCUCCGAACUCGAUCGCUGUCUCAGUGGUACAGUAAAAUUCAGCAAUCCAAGUGAAAGGACCAACUCAUCUCUUAGCCACAUCACAAGCGGCGAGUUGUGUUUUCAGUUUCACUAUGAAUCCGGGGCAGUACUACCACCGACCUCAAGACAACGGGCUCGCAAUGAAUUUCCAGUAUUCCGAGACGCCCGACUCUCUGCAAUCAACCCAUCGACCGCUCUCCUUUGAUGGCCUACCUCGAACACAGUCUGAUCAAAGCUUCAUGACUCCCCAUCCUUCGUCAGCACUGAACCUAUUCCCUGGCAGCUACAGCCUCACCAACCAGAUGUCGAUAUCUCAAGCUUCGCUUCAGUGGGGUGAUCCGAAUCAAAUAUCCUGUAACUUCGAUGAUGUGAAUACCAAUAGCUACUACGACUACUCACCAACAAUCACCAGCAACAUACACGAUGCGCAAUUCCUACGGGGAAUGAGCUUCGACGACACACCGCGCUGCAUGCCUGAUAUGGGAAUCCACAACGACCACAACAUGCCCUUGGAUGAUAGCUAUGAGCGUUCUUCCCUCUACACGGUGAAUCCACCCUGUAAGCCUGGCGCUCACUUGCUGUCAUCCGCAAGAUCAACCACUGCCUUCAAUACUAUAGACAACUCGCGAGACUUUGCCCGGCUUAGCAUCAGCACAAGUCCAAGGGGAGUGAUAGAUCAUGACGUCGUUACUGGCAGCAUACUGUUCGAUAAACCAUCCCCUUUCAGACUGCCAUCAAGCGAAACUUCUGAAGAUGGCGGCAACAGCUCUCGGGAGAUGACAGCCACUGAGGGUGAAGAGCCAACCACCGAUGAACCCUAUGCCAAGUUGAUCUAUCGGGCACUCAUGAGUAAAUCAAAUCAUUCAAUGGUCUUGCAGGAGAUAUAUCAAUGGUUUCGAGAGAACACAGUUAAAGGAAGCUCGGAUACGAAGGGUUGGAUGAACAGUAUUCGACACAACUUGUCCAUGAACGCGGCUUUCAAGAAAACUGAGCGAAAAGUUCCUGGAGACGAGACCAAAAAGUCAACAGAAUGGGUUCUUGAAGACUUCGCCAUUAAAGAUGGUGUUCAAUCUACUACGAGGUAUCGAAAGGGGACGAACACGAAGAAGUUCAUGAAGAUGGAUACCCCAGCACCCGCACGGCAAAUUCCAGGACGAAAGGGAAGCCACGCCCUAAGAGACGCCAGACACGGGAGGCAAAGGUUUAAGGAGCGACCGGUCUCGCGACGACCAACUCCUGGCGUCGGAAUGCCUUCCAACAUGCAGUAUCCAAGAGGACCUCAUGCUCCUCAGCAACGACAAAGAUCACCAUUGACGCCGCCACACCCAGAGCCUGUGUUCUCCCCCCCUUAUUUCUUCCCCAAGCUCGAACAGCCCGAGGUGCCAUUCGAAGAAAUGAUUGGUGGCUUGGAAGAUGUUCAAGGUGUCUAUAUCGAUGACGGCCCGCUCUUCAGUAACGGCCAGGAGCCCCACUUCCACAGUGGGCAUCCGAUGUCCAAUCAUCCUUACUGACAAAGCCGAAUCAAGGUCCGGGAGGGCGGGAUCAUCUGGUAUUCCGACGUGUACAGUGGAGGAUGUCUG